GCCUCCGCCUCCCUCCGGGCGCUCAAACCAGCCAGACCAGCUUUCCCGGUGCCGCCCUGGGCCCCCUCCCGCCAGCCGGGUCCCAGCGUCCCAUCCAUCCGGGACACCUUCAGGCGGCGGUGAGCGGUCCCGCGCUGCGCUCGGGCAGAGUGUGCUCCUGGGCGGACAUGGCCUUGCAGAGCCAGGCUUGGGCUCCGGCCACACCCAUACCGGUGGCCGAGAGCUCCCUCUACCGACAGCGGCUGGAGGUCAUCGCCGAGAAGCAGCGGCUGCAGGAGCAGAUCCGCGCGGCGCGCCGCGAGCUGGAAGAGGAGAAGCUCCGCGUGCAACGGCUCAAGAGGAAAUCCCUGCGCGAGCGCUGGCUGAUGGACGGCACUUCUGAGGGGCCAGAUCAGCCCGGGGACCCUGCAGCCCAGGACCCCCAAUCUCCCGAGGGCCAGGCCCAGGCUCGCAUCCAGAACCUGGAGGACAGCUUGUUCACACUCCAGUCCCAGCUCCAGCUGCUGCAAAGCGCGUCCACAGGUGCCCAGCACCGGCCGCAGGGCAGGCCCUCCUGGCGCAAACAGGGUCACCGUCCUCUCUCCCAGCCCAUCAUGGAGGCAGUUUCUGCAGGCCAGGCGGAUGUGGACAAGAGAGCUUCCCUGCCGAUGGGGCCCAUGGGUUUGUCCCCAGAGUCCCACUCUGAGCCCUUGGAGGGGGCCCCAAGGCAGGUACCUGGAGCAGGCGAGUCCCCUCAAGAAGCCAAUGGCCCCUGCUCAGGGCCCAGCCCACCUCUGGAGCAGCGGCGGAGCCCAGGGACAGGGACCAAGGCAGAGGGGGGCAUGGUGAAGGCCAAAGGAGGGGAUGUGGUAGAGGUGGUGUGGGAGGGGCUCAGGGGGCCCCAGGACUGUGCCAUGAGUGCCACUGGCCCCGAGCUGGAGGCCAGGGUAGAGCAGGUGGUGCUUGAAGCCAUGGGAGACAGACAGGGGCCUGGCAGCCCUGAGCUCCCAGCCUGGGUGAGGGAGGACAGAGGCAUUGUGGAAGUGGUCUGGGAGGGGCUAGGAGGCAGUGACCCCGAGGCCCUGGAGGAGGUGGGCAGUGGUGACCCAGGGCUCCAGGAGCGCUUGGGGGGCACGGGGUCCAGUGCCAGGGAGCCUGACAGGCAGGGGAGACCUGGGGGGGAUGAGGGCUCUUUCAUCUGGGUGGAGAGGGUAACAGUCAGUGAGGACUGGGAGGAGCUGCUAAUGGAGGGCUUAGAGGGCCCUCUGGGGAGCAGGGAGGCUGUCAAGGGACCACCAGGGACAGAUGGAGGAGGUGGUGGAGACACAUGGGCUGCAGAGAAGAGGAGGGCAGAGGGGCCUGCGGAAGCUGGGGAGAAAGGGGCUGAGGAGAGCCAGGGGACAGAGUGGGGCAGAGCAGAGAGGCUGCCAGAGGGGACAAGUACAGGAAGGCAGGCAUCCUCAGAGCUAGAGGGGACAGUAGAUGAGCAGAAAGAGGGAGUCGAGAAGCUGGAUGUGGAUGGGCCUCUGAGGGCAGAGAAGGGACACAUAGAGAAGCCAGGAGUAGAGAUGGAAGGAACUGUGGGAGCGGAGGAGGAGAGAAGCGAGGGGAGGGCAAAGGAGAAAGCUGAGGAGCCAGCAGGUCCAGAGAGAGCAGGCAAAGAGAGGUCUCUGGAAGCAGAGAGAGGAGGGGGGGAAGAGCGAGAGGCUGGGGGACUGGGAGGGGAGGAGCCCCUGAGAGUAGAGGAGAAAGGUAGCAAUGAAGAGCCAGGGAUCACUGAAGAACUCUUGGCGACAGAGGGGACAGGUGGUGAGGAGCCAUCAGAGGCAGAAAGGACAGGGGGUGAAGAGCCUGUAGUGACAAAAAGAAAGGAAGGUGAAGAACUGUUGGGGGCAGAGAGGACAGGAGAUGAGAAACCAUUGGUCACAGAGAUGACAGGAGGUGAGGAGCUGUCAGAGGCAGAAAGGAUAGGAGAUGAGAAGUCAUUGGUGACAGAGACAACAGGAGAUGAGGAGCCUAUGGUAACCAAGAAAAAAGAAGAUGAGGAGCUGUCAGAGGCAGAAAGGACAGGAGAUGAGAAGCCUUUGGUGACAAAGACGACAGGAGGUGAGGAGCUGUCAGAGGCAGAAAGGACAGAAGGUGAGGAGCCCGUGGUGACCAAAAGAAAAGAAGGUGAGGAACUGUUGGGAGCAGAGGGGACACCUGGGGGCCGGGACUUGCACAGUGCAACAGAACAGAGGGAAGCGGGGGAGGGAAGUGAAUCCCAAGCCGAGGAGGGAAGCGAGACGGAGGCACCCCUGGGGGUCACACAGGAGCUGGCACCAGAGCUGGAGGUCACAGAGAAGCAAGAAGGCUCCCCAGAAGAGGAGGGGGGAGCACCCCAACCUCCUGCUGAGGCACAGGGCCCUCCUGGGGAUGCCACUUCACUCCUGACAGAGACCCCAGCCCCAGACCAGCCCACUGAGAGCCAGCCACUGCUUCUGCGAGAGGGACCCAGCACCAACCCCAGUGCCCACCCUGCACCCACCUAUGCCCCCACCCGGCAGCCUGAACCCACCUCCCAUGCUGAGGCUAAGGAAGCGAGUGGCCCCAAGCAGAAGACGUGCCAGUGCUGUGCGGUGAUGUGAGCCUGCGCCGCGCCCCACCCAGUGCCUCUCACAGCUACCUCGCCUCCUGGCAUCCAGCAGAGGGUCCCGGGCGCAGACAGGUCACCACAGGACUGGCCGUGGCACCCAGCAGCCAGCCGGCCCACCCUGCCUAUGCCUGGGCUUCCAGACCCCUUGCCCACUGCCUGUGACUCCGCCUCCCUUCUGUGACCAAGCCUUUAUACUUGAAAAUAAAAUGUUUAAACACUCAA